CUGCGCGCAGGCGCACUGCGUGGCGGGCGCGCGGGCAGCUUGGCUACGCGCACGCGCGCGCUGCUCCGGCUCGGCUCCGGCGCUGGUAGCCGGGCGUUCUCCGUCUCGCUCCGUGUGGGCUGCUGGCCCCGCAGCGGCGGCGGCGGCGGCGGCAGCACCAUGUUUCUUCACUCAGUCAACCUCUGGAACCUGGCGUUUUACGUGUUUAUGGUCUUCAUGGCGACUGUGGGGCUGUGGGAUGUCUUCUUCGGCUUCGAGGAGAACAAGUGCAGUAUGAGCUACAUGUUUGAGUACCCGGAGUAUCAGAAAAUAGAACUUCCAAAGAAACUGGCAAAACGCUAUCCAGCAUAUGAGUUAUAUCUUUAUGGAGAAGGAUCCUAUGCUGAGGAACACAAAAUUCUCCCUUUGACGGGUAUUCCAGUUCUCUUUCUUCCUGGUAAUGCUGGAAGUUACAAACAGGUUCGUUCUAUUGGCUCUAUUGCACUUAGAAAAGCAGAAGACAUUGACUUCAAGUACCACUUUGACUUCUUUAGUGUGAACUUCAAUGAGGAACUGGUGGCACUGUAUGGUGGCAGUCUUCAGAAGCAGACCAAGUUUGUGCAUGAGUGCAUUAAAACAAUUCUUAAACUCUACAAGGGUCAAGAAUUCGCUCCAAAAAGUGUGGCAAUAAUUGGUCAUUCUAUGGGUGGCCUUGUUGCAAGAGCAUUGCUUACACUGAAGAAUUUUAAACAAGAUUUGAUAAACCUUCUUAUUACACAGGCCACACCUCAUGUUGCUCCUGUGAUGCCAUUAGAUCGCUUCAUCACGGAUUUUUAUAUGACUGUCAACAACUAUUGGAUUCUAAAUGCUCGACACAUAAAUCUAACCACACUUUCUGUAGCUGGAGGAUUCCGGGAUUACCAAGUUCGUUCAGGACUGACUUUUCUACCAAAAUUAAGCCAUCAUACCAGUGCCUUAUCUGUUGUGAGUUCAGCAGUGCCUAAGACCUGGGUCUCAACAGACCACCUCUCCAUUGUGUGGUGUAAACAAUUGCAAUUGACUACAAUUCGAGCAUUCUUUGAUCUUAUUGAUGCUGAUACUAAACAAAUAACUCAAAACCCCAAGAAGAAAUUGUCAGUUUUGAAUCACCACUUUAUAAGACAUCCAGCAAAACAUUUUGAGGAAAAUCCAUCAAUAAUUUCUGACUUAACAGGGACAUCUAUGUGGGUUCCAGUAAAAGUGUCCAGGUGGACUUAUGUGGCUUACAAUGAAUCUGAUAAGAUAUAUUUUACAUUUCCUCUUGCAAAUCACAGAAAAAUCUACACUCAUGUCUAUUGUCAGAGCACCAUGCUGGAUACAAAUAGUUGGAUUUUUGGCUGCAUAAACAGCACUUCUAUGUGCCGGCAAGGGGUAGAUUUAUCCUGGAAAGCUGAAUUACUGCCAACAAUUAAGUUUCUGACCUUAAGGCUUCAAGACUAUCCAUCUUUGUCUCAUCUUGUUGUUUAUGUACCAUCUAUUCAUGGAAGUAAGUUUGUUGUAGAUUGUGAAUUCUUUAAAAAAGAGACAAGAUCCAUACAGCUUCCUGUAACUCAUCUCUUUUCCUUUGGAUUAUCUUCAAGGAAAGUAGUUUUAAAUACAAGCGGCCUGUACUACAAUAUAGAGCUUCUGAACUUCGGACAGAUUUAUCAAGCAUUUAAGAUCAACGUGGUAAGCAAGUGCUCAGGAGUGAGAGAAGAAAUAACUAGUAUCUAUAAACUUCAUAUUCCCUGGUCUUAUGAAGAUUCACUAACUAUUGCACAGGUUCCAUCUUCCACAGAAAUUUCUCUGAAACUUCAUAUUGCUCAACCAGAAAAUGACAGCCAUGUGGCAUUAUUAAAAAUGUAUACAUCAUCAGACUGUCAGUAUGAGGUGACAGUUAAGACUUCCUUUUCACAAAUACUUGGACAGGUAGUUAGAUUUCAUGGUGGAGCUCUGCCUGCUUAUGUCAUCUCUAGUAUCCUUCUUGCAUAUGGAGGGCAGUUAUAUUCUCUAUUCUCAACAGGUUCUUGCUUGGAGUAUGCUGUUAUGUUGGAUAAAGAAGCCAAACCUUACAAAGUUGAUCCUUUUGUAAUUAUGGUUAAGUUUCUUUUGGGGUAUAAAUGGUUUAAAGAACUAUGGGAUGCACUAAUGUUGCCAGAAUUAGAUGCCAUUGUCUUAACUAGUCAGAGCAUGUGUUUCCCCCUUGUCUCCUUGAUUCUCUUUUUAUUUGGAACAUGUACUGCCUAUUGGAGUGGCCUGGUCUCUUCUACAUCUGUGAAACUCCUUUCAUCAUUGUGGCUAGCUAUGAAAAGACCCUCUGAACUUCCCAAAGAUAUCAAGAUGUUAUCUCCAGACUUGCCCUUUUUGACAAUUGUUUUGAUCAUAGUUAGUUGGACAACUUGUGGAGCACUUGCCAUACUUCUUUCUUAUUUUUACUAUGUGUUUAAGAUCGUUCAUUUGCAAGCCUGCCUAACAACUUUUAAAAAUAACCAGCCUGUGAAUCCCAAGCAUUCUAGAAGAAGUGAAAAAAAAUCCAAUCACCAUAAAGACUCUGCAGUACACCAUCUUCGUUUAUCUGCUAAUGAUGCUGAAGACAGCCUUCGUAUGCACAGUACUGUGAUUAACUUACUAACAUGGAUAGUGUUACUCAGCAUGCCGUCUUUAAUUUAUUGGCUAAAGAAUCUUAAGUAUUAUUUUAAACUUAAUCCUGAUCCAUGUAAGCCUUUGGCAUUUAUCCUUAUUCCGACUAUGGCAAUUCUUGGAAAUACUUACACUGUUUCAGUAAAAUCAAGUAAGUUAUUGAAGACUGCCUCACAGUUUCCACUUCCUCUGGCUGUUGGUGUAAUUGCUUUUGGGUCAGCACACUUAUACAGGGUUCCAUGCUUUGUCUUCAUUCCUCUUUUACUCCAUGCAUUGUGCAACUUUAUGUAAGGGUGGACAUAAGGAAUGAUGAAGAUGAUUUAUGCCUUUAGGGUCCGUAAGAAGAAUGAACAUACAGAUCCAUCAACAUGGACAGCGAGGUCCUUUGGAGAAGACAAGUCUAUUUUUACAGUAUUGAAAAAUAGGAAAUUAGUUUUGUACUGCUUGAGAAAAGUAGUUGAAGCAUGGUUUUGUUUUGUGGUAUAAUAUCUGGUAAUAGUCAUGUUUGAAAAAUUAUUGAAAGGAUGUGCUGGCCACUAUCUUUGAGGACUGCAGUGCAUUAUCUACUACUCUGCUUCAUCAUCGUGCCAGAGAUUUUCACAUAGAGACUCAGUAGCUACAGCAUUAUAAUCUCAUGUCAGACACUCUGCUCGUUUCACCAUGCUCUCUUCUGAGAACUGGGUUAUUUUAUAUUUGUUGUGGUUUACAUUUGGAAAAUAAGUCUUAAAAGAUUGAUGAAAUUUACAGCUGUUGGGUUUCCCAAAAGUGAAAUAGCCACGAAGAGUCUUCGGUCAGUUUUUGACAGCUAUAGGGAAUCUAGUAGAUUGUUUGUCUUCUUAACAUCCAUGAAAAUCACUGCUUUGAAUUGUAAGGAGACAGGAUUUCCUGGUAACCAGUGCAAGACUGAUGGAUGGAAACAUGAUUCAAAUUUGAAACAGUGAAAUAUUCUUAUUAUUUUCAAAAAUGAAUCUUAGGUAUUCUUGGUGAAUACUAGGAGACCAUUAAAGAGAUCUAUUGUUAAAUAUAAAGAAAAUUCUCAUAGAUAUUUACUUACUGGCAUUGAAGGAGUUCAGUUGUUCGGUCUAUGCCAUUUGAUAUAAUUCAUUUUCCCCAUGGUUUCUAAAAGUGCCUCCAGUCAUGAUAAAUUGGUAACUAAAUUCCAUUGGUUGGAAAACUCUAGGUUUGUGCCAUUUUUAAUCUGUGGGAAAAUAUCAACAUGAUCAAGUGUGGCUUUAUAUUUGAUGUAUAAAAUGAAGCUAUGAAUAUUUAGUAGUAUAAAUGUUAACAGUACACCUGAAUAAAUUGAGACUUUAGCUAGUAACAGAGGAAUCUUGAUUUUCCCAGAUGACUUAUAGGGUAAUUGACAAAUAAGAGAGUAACAUUUCUAUUUCAUUUCGAAUUUCAGUUCAUUCUUAGCUGCAAAGGAGUGGGAAGAAGGUAAUGGAACAAGAUGAAAGAAUAUAGUAGUCUUAGCUUUUGGAUGGCAUAAACUCAAGCUGAGCUAACACCUGGCUCGUGUAGCCCUUCUUGUAGAUGUGUAUACUGUAAAUAUCUAAAAUCUCUCAAGUAAAGUGAGCCCACACUUGUGAACUUGUGUCCUUGUUAGUACCCAGGGGUGUCCUAGAGAACCAGUUUCAUUUUUUCUGCCGUUGCUUCUGGAUUCCAUUGCAGGCUCUCAGAUGUUACUGCCUGUAGAGGUUUACCUCAUUUCUCAGUUCUUCUCAGGUCCUUGCUUUUCAAGCAUCAGUUAAAAAAAAGUCUUGCUGUUUUAUUUGAGGAUUACAAGUUUGAUUCCAUUGUUGUCUUUUUCCAGCUUCAUGCCUAUUGUUCAGUAUGUAUAUUUUCACUUACUGAGCCUAUUAAAGGAAAGUGAUAACUUCAUAAUAGAUGUGGCAGCCACAUCAGGCUUUUGGUUGUUUGAAAGAAUUAGCAAAAGGGAUAAAAUAUUAGUGUUUGUGUGUUCGGUCCCUGAGGGAAAGCAGAAUUUAUUAUAUACUUAUCUCAUGACAUACCACAUCCAUAUUUAAGUUAAGGACACUUCUGCCUAUGGCUUUACAUGUCCUUAUAAACAACUUUUUACAUGUGGUAUCUUUUAGUUUGCCACUGUAUCUCUAGUUACAAGUUAAAUAUGUCAUUUAACUGUUUCUGAAUUUGCACUUAUAUCUACAUAUAGAAAGAACUUCAUUAAUUUGUAUCUUCUGUUGACAGGCAUAAUCAUUAUUUAUAUGAUCUAAAGUUUCACCCAGUCACUACUGCUCAUGAAUAAAGUGAGACUCAAACUUUUUCUCAUUUGUGAGGAGUGCACUUGCUUUUUAAAGUACUAGACUAGGCAAACUAAUUCUCACUAAAAUGUCUUCAUGUGAGUAUGGUUUUUCCAAUCCGUUAAGUACUAUAUGUGCCAACCAAAUAUUUCAUUUUAAAGAUGACAGAAUUCCAAUUAAACUCUUUAUAAAUAGGUAGGGGCUUUAUCCAUUAUAUAUAUUUAUAUACGAACACACACAUAUAUAUAUAAUGGUAUUGAAAAAUGAAGAAAUAGAAGGUAAAAGAAGAUAGUAUGUUUUGUAGAUUUCAUUUGUGUUUCUAGAUUUUUUUCAGUCCUCUAUGAUAAAAAUACCCCAUUUGUGAAUUUAGGACAAAUGAAACUCAGUAUAAAUGCACAUUCACUCUUUCACAAUCAUUCCCUUAUUCUGCUGGAACAGUGCCCCCAACUAUAUUGGCCUGUCUCAGGUCCUCGUUGCUUGAAUUCAGUUUGAAUUCUAUAUGUACACUUUCAUAUACUUUGUGUACACUUUCAUUUUGACAGGGUCUUCAUCAAGCACUUUAAAUUCAAAUUGCUACCAGAGUUGAGAAGGUAGACUGUGUCCUAAGAUUAGCAAAAUCGUAGGACAUGCACACUUGGGAAAAAAAAUCCUUUGCCUUUAGAUUACAUACUGUUUUUCUCAUGCUUACAACCUAUAGUAUUAGUUGGCAAAACAGUACAGCCCUCUUAGCAGCAUCUGACUGCUCAGUGGCAGUAAGAUAUUAUCUAAUUCAGCAAAUUUCUGAACUCUACUCUUAGGGCAUUUUUAUUUAGAAAUUGUUGUGUUUUGAGUAUUGAGCUUAUAAAAUAAUUCCUGGACUCUAUUGUUGAUGAAUAGACCAAACACUAACUGGAAAGGAAAACACUGGGUACUUAGAAUGUUUCUAAGGCCUCCUCUGGGGUUAUUAUUGUAAUUUAAAACUGACAGUAUGAUGGAGAUUAUUGACACUUUUUUCUGGACCCUUUUUAUGCCAGAAAUUAAACAGGUUUUCAUAACUCUUUCCUUGUUUAUCAUCAGAAUGAAAAUACUUAAGGCAGUGUUUCUAAGAAAAAGCCAUUUGUGCCUGGUUAACAAUGAUUUUGAGUCUCUUUAAUACAUACAGAUAAUAAUCAAUCUUUCGUUUUCAUAUUUUGGUUAGUUAAAUUCAGAUUGUAUAACAGGAUACCUUUUCUUGAGUGAACUAUACUAAUAUCUACAUGAUUAUUCAAUGAGGAAAUGGACAUAAAGAACUAUAGUGGGUUUAAUAGAUCUUUGUUGUUAGUUAUCACUUUUGUAGACACUACACAUUUCCAUAACACUCAAAUUUAUGUGGGAUGAUUUAUUCAUUUUUAUUUUUAUUUAUUUUUAUUUUUUUAUUUUUUAUUUUUGACAGGCAGAGUGGACAGUGAGAGAGAGAGACAGAGAGAAAGGUCUUCCUUUUGCCAUUGGUUCACCCUCCAAUGGCUGCCGCGGCCGGCAUGCUGCGGCCGGCGCACCGUGCUGAUCCGAUGGCAGGAGCCAGGUGCUUCUCCUGGUCUCCCAUUGGGUGUAGGGCCUAAACACUUGGGCCAUCCUCCACUGCACUCCCGGGCCACAGCAGAGAGCUGGCCUGGAAGAGGGGCAACCGGGACAGAAUCUGGCGCCCCGACCGGGACUAGAACCCGGGGUGCCAGUGCCACAAGGCGGAGGAUUAGCCUAGUGAGCCGCGGCGCCGGCCGGGAUGAUUUAUUCAUUAAACAGUUCUUACAUUUUCUUAAUUCUUUGGACUUCUCAGAACAUGAUGUAUUCAUUCCUCUUUGCUACUUGUUAGCACCUCUUGUAGAAAGUGGCCAAGGGAAAUACAGGGAAGUAAAACUCAGUUUUCAGUUCUUUUGAGGUAAACUAGGGCUAUUGACUCCUGAGUGCCCACAUAAACCAGUUGGCCUGUGCUUUCAUCUUAGACAUUAGGUCUCAGUCAGUGUAAUGUUUCCCAUUAAUAAGGUUUUAGUGUAACACUUCUCAAUGCUGCAUUUGAAAUUUUAGGAAAAGGUUUUAAAAUCAUCUGGGAAAAAAUUUUUAGUAUGUUGGGACCUUCUGUGACUAGGUAUUUUUGAUUGUUUUUCCUUGUCACUUUUUGUUCUCUCAAAUGUGUAGUACUUACAAACUUUAUAUCAUAGGAAACAAGAUACCUUGUGAAGUUUACUGAGGAAAAUCAGCUUGGAGACUGUGACACUCAAUAGAUGAGAGGACGCAGUAAAAGUAUUUGUAAUAGGAAAUUAGACUCUGCCAGGAAACUUCUUGCCAAAUAAGGUAAACAUAGAAGAUAUUUUUUACAACAUUGUAAGGUGAUUGAGAGCUAAAAUUUUAGGCCAGUCUUUCUGAACAAAGAACAUUUCAAAUUCUAUAAUGAACUUUUAUUUAUACAUACUUCUCAUACAUUGUUUCUCAGUAAAUUUUAGUAGGUCGAGGAAAUAAGGCUGUGAAGUUACUUAUGCUCUUUGGUUUUUAUAAGGAAACGUCAGAUCAGUAAUCCAAAUUCAGAUGUAUGUACUGUAAAUUCUCAAAAGCUCAUACUUUUUUUUAAAAAAAAUGACUGUCCUGAUUUUAUAUGCUUAAUAAUUCUGUUUUGAGAACAACAUAAAAUUUGGCAGUAGUGAGAAUAGACAAGCUAUUGUUCCAUUUAUAGUAUAAAUUUGACAGAAUACCUAAAUUGAUAACAUGUCUUUCAAAAGCUUGGUGAUAUUUUAAGCUACUUCUUGAUUAAAUUGUAUAUGGUUGAUAAUUUUUAAAUCCAGUAAAUACUUUGUGAAAACAUUUGGCGUGUUAUCUGCCAAAAAUUUUGAAAUAUCAAGUGAUCAGUUAGUUUCUGAUGACUUUCUAUAUGACUUGGUAAAUACGAGUCAGAAUCGAUCUGUAAUCACUGUACAUUAAGAUUUUGAACACUUAAAAGAAACUGUAUCUGUUGGUGUAUUUUAACUAGUUUGUUUAUUUACAUAUUUCAAUUCAAUCUUAGUUUAGAAAGUCUAAAAGUAACCAUUUUGGUAAAGUUCAUAUGCUAUUUUUUUAAUGUUUUGGUUUUUAGUAUUUAUAUAGUAGUAAUGUUUUUCGAAAGUUUAUAGACAAAGCCUAGAGAUAUUAACUGUUCAAAAGCCUAGGUGAUAGGCAUAUUUUGUAUUUCAUGUUGCACUUGUUCUGUUUCAUAUUGGACUUUUUACAUCCCUUUUAUAGGAAAAAAAUUCUUAGCAUAAAGCUCUGCAUUGGAAAUUAUAUAACUGUAUUCGUAUGGUUAGCAAAACACACUUUGCCACCAAAGCUAAAUGAAACUGUAAAAUACCUCUGGAUAUUUGUGCCAAUGAACUUUUCUUAGCAUAUUGGAAUUAAAACAAAAAUAAUCUUCUCAGUAUUUAUUAUUUAGGACUUAAUAAAUAUGUAAAGCAUAAAAGCUUCUAUUCCAUAUUCCAAUUUUUCUUUUGAAAAUAUUUAAGAUUAUUGCAGAGUAUGUCCUAUUUUGCCUGAUUUCUUGACUUUUCAGAUUUUAUUAAGUAUAAGAAUUCAUACAAUAAUGAUCUUUCAGCAUUUAGUUGAAGUGAUCAUUUGAAGUAACUAUGCUUCAAAUUCAUUUGUGAUAUGAAACAUUAAUUUUUAUUGUAUAAACUGUUUUGGUAUAGGUAUCUCAUUUAUAUAAUUGAAAGUUUAUUAUGGAAUUUCUUUUGUUUUCUUUGUGUUUCCAUUUAAUCCCUUUAUACAGUCACAUGUUUCACCAGGGGAAAUUAUCCACUAGGACCUAACAUAAUUCAGUGAAGUAAAACUUUUUUAAAGUGUUUUUCUUAAAGGAAAAUAUUCUAGAAAAUCAAGAUGUUAAUGCUAAAGUGUUAACAUUAAUACAGUGGUGUACUUGAGAGACAAGUAGAAAUAGUGUAGUCUCAGAAACUGCUGUUUAUUUGCUUAAAUGCUGUAAUUUUUCCCCAUUGAAAUUCUAAGGAAAUUUCAGCCCCUCGUAGUUUGCCCCAUCAUUUAUUACACUUACUGUUUCUCUGCUCAGUAGUGUUCGUACAGUUUGCAUUAAGUAGCCCUGAGGUGAAGAGGCAGCACAUAAAGCCAAAUAUUAAAAUAUUUGGCCUUGAUAUAGUGAUAGUUGAUCCAAUUAUAUAAUGGGAGCUAUGGGUGAUAUUAGUAAAGAGAUGAUGUACAAGACGUAAAUUCAGUGUACACUUUUUUUGGAAUGAGUUUGUCCUCUGUGUUGAGUAAUGUUAGCCUUAGUAGGAGAUGGCUGUGUUUAAUGUAAUGCGUUCUAUAGUCAAGUAUCUAUUUGUUGGAAUAUUGGUUAUAUAACCUUUCCCUCCUCUGUGGUGGGAGGGAGAAAAGGCUCCAAUUUGUAGUGUAUCUAAGUUAGGAAACUGUAUCAUGUAUUUACAUUUUUAAAAUACAGAGCAAUGAUGUAAACAUUGUUUUGAAGUGAUUGUAUUGCAGUUUUUGAAAAUCAUGACUAAAUAUAAAUGUAGCAAUGUACCCAUGAGAAACCAGACCAAAAUCGAAUAUAUAAUCAUCACUGUGACCUUGAACUUGUAGUAAUUUGGGAUAAAACAGAUUGUGCCUUAAAAUGAUAAAGGAAUGCCCUGCAGGUUUAUAACUAUAUUUUAUUAUGGGUGGUCUUUGCAAAUUGGUCUUAAAUCUUUUUAUUUGAGGUUGGUGAAAUAAAAAUACUGGUACUUCCCCCUUAUAUUUACAGAACUAUUGCUCUAGAAUUCUCCCUUAAUUUCUGUAGUUUUUCUUUUUAAUUGACUUAAGUAAGCUACAUAGAUGUAGAAAAUAAAGUUUGGCUAAUGUGUCUGAAAAAAUUAUUUUAGAAGAUGGUGGCUCUUCUAUUGUGAACUUAUUUCACAUGGAGAAACUUUCAUUUGUAAUUUUUGUCUUAUUAAUGAAUAUCAGAGACAUGAAUUCUUUGCUAAGACAUGUUCUCGUUUUUCCUCAGAUUAUUGAGGUUUGUGUAUGUAUACAUCAAAUAAAGUUAAUUUACCCAAUUGUAGUUUUUCAGUAAUUACUGAGAUUCAUUUAAUAUAUUUUUAAUAUUAUUUUACGCCAUUUAUCUUUCUUUUUCCUUCCUAAUUAUUUUUAAAGUAUCAGAUCAAGGUUCUUUUUUUUUUUUUUUAAAGAUUUAAGGCUAUAGUUUUUUUAAAAAAUACACAAAGUCUUACAUUUUUGCUGUGCUUAUUUAAAAUCCAAAUUAUUCCUUUUAUAGGAUAAUCAUGGUCUUUGUUAAAAGAUGCCUACAUGUCUGUGUACUUGAAGAAUAUAUUUUUCAAUUUCAAAUUUGGACAUAAUAACACUUGUUUUCUUCCUAUUUCCUCUUUAGUAUCUCCCCCAAAGGACCCCCAAAAAAGGUUUCUCUCAAAAUAUCUAAAAAGAAAUUAUAUCUUUCCUUAAAGCAUGGACAAAUUGAUAAAAAAGUAGUUUCAUCAAGAAUAUGUAAUAAAAUAAAUGGCUCUCAACUUACAUUAAUUUUUAUACUAUAGUUAAAAUUUUAGAGGACAAACUGUUACGCUGAGAUAGACUCAGUAAAGUAAUCAUUUAUUUGCAAAUUAAUUUUGGUUUCAUACAGCAAAUACAUUGCUUAGUACCAAUACUUAGCAGUGCAGAGGAACUUGUCCUGUUGCGUAUACGGAAACAUGAUUGUCACCUUGCAGAUCUUUCCAUUUAAACACGCAUGAUUUUCUCUAGUACUUUGUACAAUGUAUGGUGUACUAAAUACCCUUAUGUGUAAUUUUGUGUGUAUUUUUCUUAUGGUAUAAUUGACAUAAUUACAUUUAACUGGUUGUAAUUCACAAAAAGUGCUACUUAUUGUACUCUGUAGAGUGUUGUGAAUGUUUUUACUUGAGUUUCAACAUUAUGGUGUAGGUUUAAUAGAUGAAUAUUUGCCUUCAGUCUCCGCUCAGGUAUUAAUGUGUAGCCAUUCUUGGUGCUUUCUUUUUAAUCUGUUACCAUCUGGUGUUCUGGGCGUUCAAAAAUAAAUUUGGUGAAUAAGCA